UAUUAUUCCACUAUGCUUGUGUAAGUUAAUAAGUUUAAUAGGUAGGUUGUUAAGUAAGAUAUACUGGAAAGAAAGAUGGAUUUACCAAGGAGCAAAAUGGAGAAACGGAUGAAGUAUCUUGACAAGACUUGCUACCCAUUGACGCAAGAAUACAUAGCUUCGGCAGGGAAAAAAAAGCAAAAUGCGAGGAUUGUACCACCGUUUUCAGUUCAGUCCCUUCAAAAGAACACAGUCGUUCAGCCUUUUCCUAAGUCCAAGCCUAGGAAACCAUUUCCCGUUGGGCAGUCAUGCUUCAGAACAUACUACAAAAGAGGAGAUUUACCCAUCUCUAUGGAAUUUGACCAAAUGGGUUAUAAAGUAUCUUGGAGGGUUAACAUAUCUGAGUUAGAUUAUCACUACUUUUUACCCAUGUUUUUUGAAGGGCUCACCGAAACCGAGCAUCCCUACACGUUUUUUACCCAACAUGGAAUUCAUGAUUUGCUAAUGCAAGGCCCUCACAAAGUACUUCCUGUCAUCCCGCAGAUCAUCCUACCGAUCAAAAACGCUCUCAACACAAGAAAUGAAAUAGUUAUAGCGACAACCCUAAAAGUCCUCCAAGACUUGGCAUCCUCUUCAAACGAAAUAGGACAUGCCCUUGUACCUUACUACAGACAAAUCCUUCCACCUUUAAACUACAUGAAAAUUCAAAGCAAGAGUUAUAACGAAUUUACCGGAGAUGAUAUAGACUAUGGCCAGCAAAAAAGAGAAAAUGUUCAAGAUCUGAUACAAGAAACACUGGAAAUUUUGGAAAAGCAUGGUGGCAGAGAUGCAUUCAUAAAUAUAAAAUAUAUGAUCCCGACAUACGAAUCAUGCAUUAUGAACUAGACAUUGGCUUUGUGAAAAAACGACUAAUUUUUAACAACUUAAUAAAUGUCUUUUCAAAUAGAA